CUCAUGUCACGUUAAACAAAUGUAACUGACACUCGGCAAAAAUAUCUGGUUUGGAAGUCAGGGUUGGGGAUACGGAAAAGGUUGUUACAACCCCAUAGUAAUAUGAAUCAUAAAUGACAUAGUUCUAAAAGUCUGUUACCGGAAAAGAAACAGGAAGAGCCUUUAUCACAUCUGUUUCUGUAUUAAGGUUUUAACCCUGAUUUAUGUAACGUCUGACAAAGUUGUUUCUCCUUUAGGACGCGUCCAUUUUUUCAGCUGGAACUGCUUUCAGUUUCGUUUCUGUUCGUUCGCUGCGUAAGUCGCUGCCUGGCACUACUUCAGUUUGUUUAUUUUGAAAGCAAACGGGAAAGACAAAUAUAACUUAUACUGCAGGUUAUCAGUCUGAUGUGAUAGGCCCAGGCGAAGUGGUAAAGAAGCUGCAAGAUAACAUGGCAGAAUUAAGUCCCCCGGCAGAUGAGGAACAGAUGGAGGUGGAUCAGGAUCAGAUGGAGGCAUCCACUGAUACUGCAGUGGUCCGAGUUGACAUCAGUUGGCCUGAUGUGGACUUUCCUGAGAAGUUGUCAUUUGUACUAUAUGCGGCCCUGCAUAUUAUGUUCAACAAAGAUCUUCAGAUCUCAUGUGAGAUACGCAGUUUAGAUGUCAUGGACACACCUCAUUCUGUGAUGGUGACGAUAUCACCUGCGUCAGUCUUAAGCAGGCUGCUGGAUUUAAGAUUCGCGAAGUUGACACUGACGGAACUAAAUGAAAUGGUCAGAGUAUCCUUCUCCCAGCCCGGAAGCCCAUUUAACAGCAGGGAUCAGAAAAAAAUGCCAGUGCCAGCCAGUGGACUGGUGUAUCCCAGUGGCUCCAAGCCACAAGACCAGGGCGCCAUCAAGAAAAAGCCUCAACACCACCAAGGAGCGAACGGUUCACUCUCCAGUGCUGGUCCCAUUGGGAAUACUCAGAAUGCUGGGAGUGCUCACUGGCAGUCUAAGGAAGACCGUGAUGAGGAAACACACACUGCUAGAUAUAGCAAAAGGCCCAUUCAAGAAGAUUUAAUGGAAUGUCGUGUUCCUGUCUGCCACUAUAGUCACCUGUCCAGCGCCUACAGAAAGGAAAUGGAUGACAUACAGGAGAAGUUUGGAGUCAAAUUUAAAGAUGCUGUUUUAGUUUCGAUUGAAGCAAAUGAUCAGAAGCAGAAGGAGCUGGCCAAUCAAGCGUUUACUGAGCUUGUCCAGAGGUGUUGUCUAAACUUUGAGAUUGUUACCCUCCCCAUGUACAACCUGGAACCAGACAACCUGACAGAGAUGCUAAAAAAAAUUCAAAAGGAUGAAGAGUCCAAGCUGGAAUUGAGCGUGUCAGCGAAGGGAUACCGUCUGAGUGGUCCGAGAGAGAUCGUCGAGGAGUUUUUGAAGAGAAACUUGCCCACCACAGCUGCAGGAGCAAGUAGGGAUAAACAAGCAGCUGCAGAUGAAGAAGAUCUAUGUCCAAUAUGUUUGGAUAAAUUCACGAAUAAGAAGAAAUUGGGUUGUUCACAUGUGUUUUGUUCAUCUUGUUUGGAUGGUGCAGUCAAAAGUAUGGGGCCCCAGUGUCCAGUGUGUAAAGAAAUAUUUGGACAGGUGGUGGGAGACCAACCAAAAGGAACAAUGACUUACGAUGUCAUACGCGCCAGACUUCCAGGAUUUUCGAAAUGUGACACAAUUGUAAUUAAUUAUAGCAUUCCUGAUGGUAUGCAGACGGAAAGGCACCCAAAUCCUGGGAAGAGGUUCAGUGGGACAGAAAGACGGGCUUAUUUGCCAAACAACCGUGAAGGAAACGAGGUUCUGGAGCUGCUGAAAAGGGCAUUUGCCCAGAAGCUGAUCUUCACAGUUGGGGUGUCCCGGACCACUGGGCUGUCAGACACAGUCAUCUGGAAUGACAUUCACCAUAAGACCAGCCAAUGGGGAGGUCCCACCGGUUUUGGCUAUCCUGACCAUGGAUACCUGCUAAGAGUGAAAGAGGAGCUGAAAGCCAAGGGCAUCAAGUAAUGAAGUUCUGGGACUGAGAUGGAUGCAUGUAUACAAAGAUCACAUGUAGAAUGGAACCCUUCACCAAUUAUUCUGAACAUAAUCAGUUUUCCUUUACAGUGCUUAGACUUUAACGGAUAAAAUUGUGUUCAUAAUACCACUGUACAGUAGGUAUAUUACUUAAAUCAGUGUGCGAUCAUUUGUUUUUUCAAGAAUCACUUGUAGAUUAUAAAUUAUUUUGUCAUGAAUAUUAAACAAAUUUUUAUUUCGAAAGCCGGUUAAAAGCCAAGUUCAGAGGAAAGAAAUGUUAUGAUCGGAAAUGUUAAAAAGUGGCUAUUAAAGAUGCGACCAGCAGAUGGCGAAAGCGCGUAUUUUUUUCGCUUUACUCUGACUUGUGCGCGAUGGACGCGCAGCUACUAAAAACGAAAAGUUAUUCGGAAUGGAGGCGGGUCCGUGGGGCUCAGUGCGCACUUACGGUGGAGGGGAAAUCCAAGAAAGAGUCGUUCCCACAACAGUAAUGAAUGGGAAUUUGGAUUUCCACGAAGUUUGGAGAAACUAACAUCGCAGCAUUUCGGUAAAAAGGACCAAAACUCAUUGCAAAACAUGGGAGUGUUUGAAGAAAUUUGGUUUUGGAAGAUAGAAUAUAUGUAAAAUCUAAAGGGACUACACAUUUAAAUGUCUUCAUACAUAACACUGAGAAAGUAUGUAGAAAAUGAUUAAAUUGCCUUAAUAUAAAGCGAACCAAGUGGGAUUAAAAAUGUUUAAAAAUU